CCGACCGAUGAGAGGCGCGCACCUCCCGUACUCAAUUUCUGCUUCCGCACCUGACUUGCUUUUGCCUACAUAAAAGAUUCAGUUGGUCCAAAAACUAUUCAAAAAAUGGAAGAACUUACAUCCUUUUGUUGUUCACCCACUUCCUCACCCACAUUUCAACGUCGUGUGCAGUUCAUAGUUCAGAACAGGCCUGAAUGCUGGCUCUAUGCAAUUUUCUGGCAAGCCUCCAAAGACAGCAUCAGUGACCAAGUUGCGUUAUCAUGGGCUGGUGGCCAUUUAAACAACCCUAGGGUUCGCGUGCCAUCCAACAGAAGCAACAGAGUGAUCACCAAUAACUACCAACCCAAAUUAGGGUUCAGCAAUAUGGAGAAAAAGAAGACGGCGAUAAUUAGCAAGAGAGAUGAAGACGUGGUGGACUUGGACAUGCGGCUGCUGGCCGACAAUCAUGACGGCACUGGCGAUGCUACUCAUGACUCCGACCGGUUUUACUUUUACGGCGUUUCGUUAACCCAAUCUUUUGCUGCAGGCCAAGCGAGUAAAAAUAUUCUGGGACGUGCAUUUUGUUCUGGUGGUUUUGUUUGGCUUGCAGGUGGCCAUGAGCUUCAGUUGUACGAGUGUGAGAGAGUGAAGGAAGCAAGAAUGCAUGGGAUUCAAACUUUGGUUUGUAUUACUACUUCAUGUGGGGUACUUGAACUGGCUUCUUUGGAUGUAAUCAUGCAAGAUUGGGGUCUCGUGCACCUAUCAAAAUCACUCUUUGGAUCCGACCAGAAGAACAACAAAUUUAAAUUACUAGUUCCUGAUCCCCUAGAAAAGAUUGGAUUUCUUUCAGGAGGUCAAAAAGAAUUCACCAUACAAGAAGGUGGUGCAAAUGAACCCAUUAUCCAUACAGACGGGUCAUCAACAGGCUCAUCUUAUGACUCUUUUGGCAAUUUCACCCCUGCGAAUACAGAGAACCCUCAAUCAAAAAAGAGGGGAAGAUCAUCAUCUUCAAACCAUGGAGCUACAAGUAGAGAAUCACAACUACUGAACCAUGUUGAGGCAGAAAAACAAAGGAGGGAUAAGCUCAACCAUCGAAUAUGUCUCCUUCGUUCUAUUGUUCCCAACGUGUCGGAAAUGGACAGGUCCUCUUUGCUCGCUGAUGCCGUGGCGUACAUGAACCAGCUCAAAGGUAAGGUUGACGAACUGGAGGCCAAAAUCCAAGCACAACCACCACAAAAACCCCUACUCACUAGCCAAAGCACCAGAUCCAUAACUGAUGAACAUCAUCAAUGUUCAAGUUGUAGUAAUAAUUAUAGUAACAACAACAACCACAACAAUAAUAAUGAUAAUUUAAAUUUGAAUAAUAAUAACGAUAAGGUUAGAGGAACUAAUGUUUUGGAAGUGGAUGUGAAGAUUGUGGGAUCAAAUCAAGCCAUGAUUCGAGUUCAGUGUCCGGAUCAAGACUACCCUUAUGCUAGAUUGAUGAAUGCACUCAAAGGACUUGAGUUACAAGUUUACCAUGCGAGCAUAUCAAGUGUCAAAAAGUCAAUGAUUCAAGAUGUUGUGGUAGGACUGCCUUAUGGCUUCACUAGCGAGGAGGCCUUGAGACUUGGUAUUAUAAAAAGAUGGUACAACUAGAAGAGAUUUUGUGUGAUGAGAACACGACUCUGCACGUAUUAAGUGUAAUAAUACAAUUGGUUGAAAACUUUAAAAAAAAAAAUUCAACCAAUUGUAUCUUAAUGUGCCUGAUCAUGUUCCCGCAGAUUGAAAAACUUCUCUACAACUAGAUCUCGAUAUUUCAAUUCAAAAGCGUAGGUAAUUAAUGAGGAUAAUGUUUCUCCAUUGA